UGAUUUAAUAGUACAAGCAGCUCAGAAACCCGUCAAUGAGUUAGUUUUUUAAUGAGUCAUCUAAGAACUUUGGAAAUGUUUCUGGGAAUCAAACUGCUGUCAUCUCUGACAAGGUCCCAAACAGAUGGAUUUCUCAUCCUGGUCUGAGGGUCUAUGGCAGAACAUAGGAUGGACUCAAGAGGAUCAACAUGGAAAUACUCCCUUUGAUUCCAGCGAUUAAGUGAAUUUACUUUUAAACGACACAUCUCUUUUCUCAGCAACAAAGCUCUCUUGUGUGUUUUUUCUACCCCCAGGCUGGACAACUGAUAUUGUAAGUGAUUCCAGAUGUGGGGGACAGAGCAAUGGGACACAGUUCACAUCAAAUACCAUAAUAUUUGUUUGUUUCUGGCUCAUCAGCGCUAGUGUGUAAUCUUGAGAUGUGGUCUUAGGCGUGGCAGUAGUGCUUGACGCCUUUCGCCUUUAGCAAUGUAUAUGUUGUUAAGGUCUGUGAGAAGCUACAGAGUCUAAAAAAGGGAUAGCAAGAUCUUUUCGCUCGCUUCAUUCUUUGAGGUUUCUCAGAAGGAUCAGACAUGGCCAAAGGAUUGCUGAUCUCCAAGACCCUGGCUGCUGCCACUGGGAUCAUCACAGUCUCUUCUAUUUGUGGUGUGGUAUUGAUGCUUGUGAUAUACCAAAUUCAAACAGGAAAAAAUGCUCCAGUGCCUCCACCAAGUCCAGUUCCUACAACAGCAAUUCCAUCAGGACCUCCACCAUCUCUCCGACUUCCUGACAAUUUGAUUCCAGAAAGCUACAACGUCUUUAUCCAGCCGUACCUUUAUGCAGAGCUGCUUAACAAUAGUGAACAAUCCUUCUUUUUCAAGGGAAAUUCAACUGUUAGGUUGAAGUGCAUGAAAAAGUCCAAGAGCAUCUUCCUUCAUGUUUGGGACCUCAAUGUAACAUAUGUACAAGUGACAAAUUCUGAGUCAAAUGAGAAAAUAUCAGUGAGGAGAUAUGAAGUACAUUACAAUGAAAGUAAUUUCCUCGAGAUUCAACUCAACGAUGUGCUAUUAAAUGGGACCUACUAUGAUCUGUUCACUGCAUUUGAAGGCGAACUUCUUGAUGAUUUGUCUGGGUUUUAUUUGAGCCGGUACACAGUGAAGGGAAAAGAAGAGGAGGAUGAAGAGAGAUUCCUUGCUGCCAGCCAGAUGCAACCCACAGACGCCAGGAAAGUAUUUCCUUGCUUUGAUGAGCCAGCUCUGAAAGCUGUGUUUAAUAUUACCAUUAUCCACAGACUUGACACUAUUGCCCUGUCUAACAGCUUAGCAGAUUCAAAGUUUGGGACAAUAGAUGGAGAAAAAUGGGUUAUUUCCACAUUUGAGCCGACCCCAGUCAUGUCAACCUAUCUAUUGGCCUUAUCUGUAUCUGAUUUUGAGUUUAAAAUGAUAACUUCGGGGACAAAAAUAUCAACAUAUGCUCGACCUGAUGCUAUUGAUGCUGGCCAUGCUGACUAUGCAACAGAAACAGCAGGGAUGAUUCUAAACUACUAUGAGAAAACAUUUGGAUUGAGAUACCCAUUGGAAAAACUAGAUCAGAUUGCUGUGCCAGACUUCAGUGAAGGAGCAAUGGAAAACUGGGGUUUAAUUACAUAUCGGGAGGCAGGCCUGCUGUAUGACAAAGAUACGUCAUCUAACUUUGAUAAAGAAUGGGUGGCUACUGUGAUUGCUCAUGAAUUAGCACAUCAGUGGUUUGGAAACCUUGUCACAAUGAGCUGGUGGAAUGACCUGUGGCUGAAUGAAGGAUUUGCAACAUACAUGUCGUAUUUUGGAGUAGAAGCUGCUGGCUGGGACUUAAAAGAUCUAAUUGUUCUCAGAGAUAUCCAGACAGCCUUUCAAGUGGAUUCCUUGAACACCUCCCAUCCUCUCAGCUUGCAUGAAAGCAAUAUUGAAACUUACUCUGACAUCAUAGAACUUUUUGAUGACAUCACCUACAGCAAGGGUGCUGCUGUGUUGAGAAUGCUGUCUACAUUUAUGGGAGAGGAAGAUUUUAUGAGAGGGAUCAAGAACUAUCUCCACAAGUUCCAGUACAUGAACACAAAGUACACAGAUCUUUGGAAAUGUUUGCAAGAGGAGACGACCAAAAAUGUGGCAGGCUUCAUGAGCACAUGGAUUGAGCAGGUGGGGUAUCCAGUAAUCACCAUUAUUACAGAGACUGGGGAGAUCUCCCAAGAACAGUUUUUGCUAAAGCAAACACAGGGCCAUGGUACUGCAUGGCAGGUUCCAGUCAGAUCUGUUAAAUCUGAUGAUCUUGAGAAAGUGGAUGGGUAUAUAUUGAGAGUAAAUGGUCCAGUUCAAAAGCCAGAAUAUCGAAUUACUGAUGAGAAAUGGCUUCUGGCCAACAUAAACUGCACCGGCUUUUUCCGUGUGAAUUAUGAUGUAAAAAACUGGAACAAACUUCUUAGGCAACUUGAAAGCGAUUAUCAUGUCAUUCCACUCAUCAACCGUGGACAGCUCAUCGAUGAUGCAUUUAAUCUGGCAAGGGCUGAUCGCCUCAAUGUCACUAUUGCACUAAGCCUAACCAAAUUCCUGAUAAAUGAUACCGAGUAUAUUCCAUGGGAGUCUGCAAUUAAAAACCUGGACUAUUUCAUUCUUAUGUUCGAUCGUUCUGAGGUCUAUGGUCCAAUGACGAAAUACCUACGCAAGCAAGUCGUACCGUUAUAUGAGUAUUUUAAGAACAACACAGAUAAUGGAAGCAUACCUGAGCGCCACACUGACCAGUAUAACCAAGUAAAUGCCAUUUCAAUGGCCUGCAGCAAUGGCCAUCCUGAAUGCAUCACAAUGGCUACAAAACUAUUCCAUGAUUAUAAAAAUGGCACAAAUCGGAUUCAUCCAAAUUUGAGGGCAUCCAUCUAUUGCAGUGCAAUAGCUGCAGGUGAUAAGGAUGAUUGGGAAUUUGCUUGGGAAGAGUUUCAAAGGGUCACAGUCGCUUCGGAGAAAGACAAAUUGAGAUACGCCCUGUCAUGUACCAAAGAAAUCUGGUUACUAAACAGAUAUCUUCGGUACACUCUUGACCCUGCAAAGAUAAGAAAGAUGGAUCUCAUCUCUACCAUAAACUACAUUGCCAAAAAUGUCGCCGGGCAGCCUCUUGCCUGGGAUUUUGUUCAUGGUCAGUGGUUCUACAUAACACAAGAGUAUGGAGCUGGCAUUAUAUCCUUAGACAGUCUGAUAGAUGGCGUGACAAAGAGAUUCUCAACAGAAUUUGAACUUGAACAGCUAAGACAGAUACAGCGGGAGCAGGAAGAGGAUGAUCAGGAGUUUGCAACUAGAGCUUUGGAGCAGGUCAUUGAAAGGACAGAGGCCAAUAUUAAGUGGGUGACUGAAAACAAGCAGGCUGUUUUGGACUGGUUCAGCGGAGAGCUGAAGGAUCAUUGAGUUCCUGUAGGUCUGCAGAAUCAAGAGAAUACACAGUGGAGCCAGUACAAUGAAAAACAGAUGUAAAGGCAUUCCACAAUGAUGGCACCACACUCCUGUGGCUCAGUGAUUGCUUUUAACAAAAGAGGACUUUCACAGGAAAAUUAUUUAUGUUUUAGGGGAGAAGAAAAAGAAUGUGCAAUUUUGAAAUGGCUACAUAACACCUUCCCUGUGUUUAAUGUAGUUACAAUUAUCUUCUGUGAAUAUCAGAGAAAAGGCCGUAAUGAAGUUGUUUAGUCCUUUCAGACAGCUUAAUUUAUUGCUUUUCAUUUGAUUUAACUUUGUUUAGGCUUUUAUUACUAACUCAGUAUUGUUUACGGUGAUAAAAUCACAUUUAGGACUGCACAUAACAAAGCCAUAAAGCAAGCACAAAGUGCAGAAUGAUAUUAAAUUAUAUAUAGCUGUAAGGUUUUAUUUUUUUUUAGAAAAUAUAUAUAAAUGAUUAUACAAGCAAGUAUUUUGAAAUAUUACUUUUUUACAUAAAAUCAUUGUCAUCA